AUGUCUUCUCCGACUCCACCUCGAGACACCUCUCUGGAAAAACCUACUUCUGAGGACAUUACUCCAAAAACUGAUUGCCCGGAAGACCUAACCAAGGCAUCUACUAAUGAGUCAGAAGAGACUCCAACUCAGCAAUCGGAGCAAAUUACUGAAAAUGUUGUCGCCGGACAAAACGAUAAUGAGGAAGCGUUAGACAUGUCGAUUGGAAAGAAGGAUCAGGUUGAGCCAAUGGAAAUCUCUGAAGAAGGAAACGAUAACCAAAAAGAAGAGUCCAAAAUGAAUGAGCCGACCAAAGAUGUGGACACUAAAGAAAUUAAGUCGGAUGAAAAAACUUCUGGUGAAGAGGAGACUACAACUGAAAAGGACAUCCAGAAAGCUGAUGAAAAGACUGGUGAGGUCGAGAAUAAAGUGGAAACCGAGAAAAGAACAGAAGGAGAAGCUGUGUCUGAAAAAAGCAAAGAAGAAGUUGUAAAGACUGCUGAGGAGACGGAAAAAGAAGAAAACCAAGAAAAAGAUACUGUAUCUGCCGAAGUUGCUGAAGAAACCAAGUGUGAAGUAGACAUGUCUUCAGAUAAAGCAAAAACUGAGGAACAAACUGAAGAAGAAGAUGAAAAAAUUUCUAAAGAAUUGAAGGAAGACAAGACCGAGGAACAAUCAAAAACUGAGAAAGCAACCAAAACUAAAGACGAAAAAACUUCCGAUGAAACGAAGGCAGAUAAGAAUUCUAACAAAGAGAAAAGUUCUGAGGAACAGAAGUCUACGGAAAAAGACAACGCUGAGGGAGAUAAGACUGCGGAAGACACCAAAAUGGAGGUUGGCACAGCUACCGAAGACAAAGCGGACAAAAGCGACAACACCAAGACUGAAACUGGUGAAAGCGCUGAAGAACCAAUGGAAGUUGACGGAGAGGAGCCAGAAGCUAAAAAAACAAAGGUGGAAGGUGAAGAUGUCAAGACCGAGGAACCACUAGCUCUUGAUCAUGCCGCUACUCUUGUCAAAAAAGAAGUUUCGGCUGCCAUCAAAGUCUACCAGAAGUACUUCGACGAUAUGAAACUUGAUCAAAAAGUCACUCAGCCAAACAUCUCGAACUACAUCCGUGGUGUCAUCCUGAAAAGAUUAAACUCCAAUACUGUUCACAUCGACGGAUACCUCGCAAGAAUCGAGAAGGCAAGAACGAGAGAAGAGUUCCAGACUCUGUAUGAUGAAAUUACUCUCUUGAUCAAGAAGGCUCGUCAGUCUCAAGAAAUCAACGAUUUGCUGGGACCUCUCUACUAA